GAAAAUGGCGGAAGGAGUAGCCGGCGAAGAAAACGCGGUGUCAACGCAGUUUCGCUGGGCAACUGACAACCAGCGAAUAAUGUUGGAGUUCUACAAACAGCAUCAGUUCCUAUUCCAGCCGAAACAUCCUGACUACAAGAAAAAGAGUCUGCAUAGAUACACAUUAGCUGUAUUGAGCGAGACGUUUGGCGGUCCGGUACCGGAAAUAACGUCGAAAUUCCACGCGCUACGAACGUAUUUCAAUAAGGAGUACGCAAAAGUGAAGGCGUCGAAACGGUCAGGUGCAUCUACCGACAACGUGUACACCCCAAAGUGGGAGCUCUAUGCGGAUAUGCUGUUUGUGAAAGGCGUUGGCGGUCCGAGGUCAUCUGUAGACUCACUCGACUGCACUGCACCCAAUAUGGAUUUCUAUUCACAGGAGGGGGUAAAGGGCGAAAGUUCGCAACAGUGUGCAAGUGACAGUGAUGUGCAGGGAAGCUCACCACCACAACCGCCACGACGUAAAAAAAAGAAGGCAGAGUCGCAACCAAUUAGGGAGGGAGUAUUCCUGAGAGCCUUGCAGAUUCUGAAGGAUGGUGACGACGUGACUUCGGAAAGUGCAUUUGGUGCUACUGUAGUGCAUGCCAUGCAAGGCAUCGACGAGGUGAGAAAGGACCUACUCAAGUUGAAAAUAAUGGAACUGAUCUUCCAGUUUAAGUAUAACGCACAAGUCAUACACAGCACUGACACCAUGUAACAUUUGUCUUUUGUUUCAAGUUUAAUAAUACAUAAAUUGUGUUGUUUCAAGUAAUAAUAG